GCUCAGCUAGGCCAGUCGUGAUGUAGAAUUUUUUGGUGUGGGUGUUUUGUCUCGCGAUGUCAAACGCUUCAAUGAUCAUUAUUUUUAAGUGGAUGUGGUAGAUCUAAAAAUCAGUGCAAAACGUUUAUAAAUUGAACAAUUCUGGUUCUGAUGAAGUGUUGGUGGAUAUUAUAUAUCAUUACGAAGUGAACAAUAGAGUGCAGUGAAGGCAGAUAAUAAAUUGGUGGGGGGCUGUUAAAAUACUACGUUAAGAUAGUAACAACGUUUUACUACUGGUGAGGUGUUCGCUCAUAAAAAUUCUCAUCUCGCUGCGAGUGCGACCCGGACUACCAUUUUGUUUUAUAAUGUGGUUUGGUUGUUUACGUGCAUCGUGUUCCUGGGAAUGGCAAAGGACGGCGCAAUGAGUGAGCCGUGGUAGCGGCGGUGAUGCAGCGCGCUCAGACGAGCGGCGCGGGCACGCAGCCGCCUAGCUCCACGCGGCAUUACCGCGCGCACUCGAAUUACCCUGAUAUAGACGAUCAGAUUCCAGCAUCGGUGAUUAGUAGCGUGGGAACAGUGAGUUUGUCACAGUCAAGUACGAAUCCAACCCCAAAUAUUACAAUGGCCAAUCCGACUACUCCAAAUACUAACGGUGCGCAACCUGCUCAACAAACUCCAACGCAGGCACCGAUCCGCAAUUUGCCUAAGAAACGCAAAUUGGCGCCCUCUGAACUAGAGGAGAUAGAGAGGAAUUGUAUGAACAGCCUUCCUGAAAGGAAUCUAAACAUCCAAGUGUCAGCCCCGUCAGUGGAAUACACGCCAACGACGUAUCAGCCUAUUCUCCAACCUUCACCAAUCGUGCAAUCUUCACCGCACGAGAUAAAACAGACGGAAUACAUCUCAUAUCCAAACAUAGACUUAUCCGAGUGGCGGGAUCACAGAGUCUUAGCGAAACAGCGCGGUAUUUACACGCCGGGUGUCAUUCGACAGGCAGACGGUUGUAAGGUGAUAGUGGAAUUGGAUGGACAGGAAAAUGAAGCGAUUGAAUAUGGUAAUGUGUUUGGUGCAAAUAAGUAUGACGUUAUCAGUGAUGCGAGUCCACAAUUGAGUCACAUAUCUAUUGGGUCCUCGUGUGUCGUUAGGACUGAUGCUAGUCGGGACAGUGUUCAAAACGUGUUUGUGGAAGGUUACGUGUUCGAAAUACAUAAUUCGCCUAUCAGGAUUCGUGUACAGGUCAUUGACGGUGAAGGCAUAAAGGACACGGUUGAAGUGAAAAGAGCGGAUAUCCGUCUCCUGCAGCCUCCCUGGGCUGACGAGUUAGAAGACGCUGGUUCGCACGCAGCCAUGAUGCCCCAGCAUAUGCGGAUACAUCCCGUUUCUACGUGUGUACCGUACUCCAUGGGCGGUGGGGAGUUUGUGACGUCAUCGCCUUUAGCUGGGGCAGGGCAAGUGGUGACAGUUGGUGCCCUCUCAAAUGGUUCCAGGCCAUUUGAUGAUUAUGGAGAAAGUGAUGAUGACUUGCCAAGGGAGGAUAUCAUGUUUCCAACUGAUGCCUCACAUAUGGAUUGCAGCAAUAGUAAACGCAGCAGUCUCCAAAGCCGAGGAAGUACAUCGAGUCUCAUUGAAGGGAGUCUUACUCCGCGAUCUCAACCGCCUACGCCCAGAUCUCAGGCAGCAACGCCACACAAGUACAAGAAAGGCGAUGUUGUGUCCACACCAACUGGUAUUCGUAAGAAGUUUAACGGGAAGCAGUGGAGGCGGCUUUGUUCAAAGGACGGCUGCACAAAGGAGAGUCAGCGCCGCGGCUUUUGCUCCCGCCAUCUAUCAUUGCGAGGUGUACCUAGGUCCUCCAAUACGCCGCUUGCGCAGGGAGCAACUCAUACGCCCCAACAGAGAAGCAGCAGUAAAUCAUUAUCGUCAAGUGGUACCGGGAUCGAAGGGGAUGAAACUUCCCGUGAGUCAGACACAACUCCACCUAACUAUCGGGUUGCGGGGCGGUUUGACCCCGACGAAACCGAGGCUGCCAAUAUGCUGGUUUCCCUGGGCAGCUCUCGCUCCGGUAGUCCGGGAGCGUCCCCAGUAGCCGAUAACGUUUUCGUCCCGAUUUCCUCGCCACAACCGCCUGCAGCGCCGCCACACCACCUUAUACGGCCCGAGUUGGUGCGUCCAGGUAGAAUGAGUUCGCCAGCCGGUAUUGCUACUAGUGUUAUCAGACUAUCUCCUGCCCCUACUUACCAUUAUCAAUAUCAGGAGCGGAACGGGCCGAUCCAAUCCACUCAAUCAAAUAUCAUAAGUAUACAGUCAUCCGGUAUCAACAUACCCAGCAGUAUACAAUCAAACUUCACACCGCCCCUGAAUUCGACCCCGAAUCACUCUAUCUCCAUUAGUAUGAACCAAAGUUUGUCAAACAUGAGAAAAGAUGAACCUCACAAUUUGGUAUUGCAAAGAAGUAUUCCGGCAAAUGGCAUGGAUAUAGACAUGUAUCGGGGUCAACAUUUGAGGAAUGGAUUGCAUGAUAUUCAGUAUCGGCGCGAAGAGAUGACGUCACCGGGUAACCAUGAAAAUUUUCAGAAUAGACGAGUCUCGGAGUAUGACGACGACGACCACUCCGUCCCACAAACGGAUGGUCACCGUGCUGACCCACGUCCCAUAGAACUCUCCGAGGCUCGAAUGGACGAGAAGAGAAUUGUCAAACCGGCCCCUUUACAGGCGCGUCUCGUGUCCCUUUUGGACACAGAUUCAAGGGAUUCGGUGAAACGAUACUACGUGAUACCGCAAAAUAGUAUCGAGAAGAAGAUCGUGCUGAUUAAGAACGAGCCAACGGAAACUGUGCAAAUAGAUCACAAAGCUCAUCAGCUAGCAAUGCCGCUUAACGAACCCGAAUCCGAAACAAGAGGAUUAGACAAUGGCGACCAUGUAAAUAAUGUGAAUAGUAGUGCAGUUAUCGUCCACCCCAGUCAGCUGUUACCCGUAUUACCAGCUCCUAAUCCUCACACAGCUAUCAUUGUAUCCACAAGCGGGGUCAAUGGCAGCGUGUUUCCCUGGCAGUCCCUAGUGCCCUUACUGCGUGCCGCGUCUCCGCCUGCCGCGGCGCCCGCUCAACCCCCUUCGCCUAGGACACCCCGCACCCCGCAUACACCACAUACCCCACAUACACCGCACACGCCGCAUAUUAAGAGUGAGGAAAUCAAGGCUGAGACUAACGUUACAGAUACCGUAACAUCGAUGUGUACAGAUGAAGACGAUGAAGUAUUUGAAUGUGAAGACAAUACUACGAAUUGUGGGGAUAAUACCAAUAAUCGCCGAACGCAGAGCCUUUCUUCUCUCAGUCAGCCUGGAGGGCCAGAAAAGAAGGAACGUCGCAUCCGCCGUCCAAUGAACGCGUUUAUGAUAUUCUCUAAACGGCAUCGCCAGGUGGUCCAUCAAUUGCAUCCCAAUCAGGACAAUCGUACUGUUAGCAAGAUUUUGGGAGAAUGGUGGUAUGCUCUCAAACCUGAUGAGAAGCAAAAGUAUAAUGAACUCGCUAGUGAGGUCAAGGAAGCACAUUUCAAAGCACACCCUGAAUGGAAGUGGUGUAAUAAAGAUCGUCGUAAAUCUUCAAGCAGUAGGGAUCCCACGGGAUCUAUGCCACAGAGUCCUCGAACGCCGUCUGAUGUUAUGGCCAGUGGAUUGCCGACUAGUGGAACUGAAAUUACUAUGAAUACUAACUCAUACACUCACAUCGCUUCACCUCAACUUAGUGAUGAUGAACCUAUGGCAACCCAGAAUAUAGAAGAGCCACCACAAGCCAGUGGAAAUGAGAUGGACCUGAAGUGCGGAGAGAAAGUCAACGAUUCAGACUCUGAGGGCGUCGAGGCGAGAGAAUAUUUGACGCAUCAUGACCACACAAGGCGGCCUAAGGCUAUCAAAGCUAGAGCUGGUUCAUCUGACAAUCUACUGGGUAUAACAGCUUCGAGUCCUGGCGGGUCCAAGGUAUUUCAGCCUACGGGAGGUGCAUUUAAGUCUACACAUGCUGAUAGUGGAGAUAACCACAGACAAUGGACAGCAUUCACAGCCGUAAAAUCCACUCUACCAGUGCCAAGUUCGCCUCACACAAGCACACAGAACAUCACCAACAGUGUUCAAGGGAUUUCUCUUAACGCACCCAAUAUAUCGACACAAACAGCACUAGAUAAUGCAAUAGCGUCGAUAAUUAACAGUCCAUCGGCCAGUAGUGGUGUGCAAGUAAUAUCGACUGGAAUGUCUAAUCCAACGAUGUCGACAAGUGCCUUGAAUAACGCACUAUUGAAGAGUGUCACGCUGGUUAAUCGGAAUUUCAAUGAUAAUAAACCUACAGGACCAAUUACGCUCUCGGUGGAUGCAUCAGGCAACUUGUUUAUAAAGACGAGCCAACCCAGUGAGCCAGCCAAUGAGCCAAAUAGACUUCACUAUGUGCAGUUACAACGGCUUUACGUACCUUCAUUCACUACUGAAGUUGAAUCAAAUCAGAAUCAGACGCAAACCCAAACAGUCCAGAGUGCUCCUCCAACUGUUAUAGUGUCACAGAGCAAUAACAACGUUAAUAAUAACAAUGUGAACAACAACGCACCACAGAGCAAACCAACUGAAUGGGAUAAUGUGGAGGAAACUCGCCCUUUCCCUCUCGCACCUACUCCAGCGCAAUUGGGACGCGCGCCGUUACAAAAGCGGCUCAGUCGAGGUACUUCAACGGGUUCGACAGGUAGCGGCGACCAGAGUGUACCGCGAUCAGACAGUAACUCCACCCCUUUUGACACUCCAGAGUUGAUACAAUCGCCCAAGAAACUCGAGAACCUUCCAAGCCCGUUACUGAAGAAAACUCUGUUUAAGAAAGGCAAUGAGGAUGGAAGGGAUAAGGUUCUAGAGACAGUUAACUUUGAAGCCAAGUUCAGUACGUUACCACAGUUCAAACCCGACGCCUGCAGUCCCAGUGGUAUGGUUGUACCGCGAAGUCCGCAGCUAUAUCUCAGAAAGAAACAUAAAAUUGAUGACGAGACAACCGUUGUGACGCCUCAAAUAGAAGCAGAGGUUCUUAACGGAAAUGGUAUCCCGACCCCCCAUUCGUACGGCACUCCACACACCACCACUAAACUAGUGGGAAACACUUUCUUCGGGCCCGACUUUAACAUUGACACUUUUAGAGUGUCAGAGAGCAUGGAAGAAAUGUCUCCCCGUACACCAUGUUCGGCACCUGGAUCUGCUGCGUGUUCGGGUGCGAGAGGAGAAGCUGGACACAGAAGAGUAUUGGAACAGAGGCGACAUCUAGUGCUCAAACUGUUUCAGGAACACGGCAUGUUCCCAACUACGCAGGCCACUACUAGUUUUCAGGCGGCCCACACAGACAUAUUCCCGACCAAGAUGUCCUUGCAGUUAAAGAUUCGCGAGGUGCGACAGAAACUGAUGGCCCAGUCAAACCUUACUCCGCACUCGGACGUCAACACGCCUACUAACAUAAACUCUCCGCUCGUAUCCAGCACUCUGCAGCCGACGUCAACCGCCAGUUAGCGAUGCGGUUACACACUCUCCAUUGUGGUGCGUCAUUGAAUUGCAAUUUUUGACCACAUUGCAUAUAAAGAAUGUUUCUGGUUCGGUAUUGUUAUGAAGAGGAUAGACUAAUUUUAUUUGGAGCUCAUAAGUAGUCAAUUGUUUCUUUCUAGAACUAAUUAUUACUUCUAUCGUUGCGUCAAUAGGAAUAUGAACUGUUGGUGUAACUAAGGUCCAUAUUCAAAAUCGUAUGAAAUGUCUGUCAAAUUUGACACAGAGAAAAUAGUUUGACAGCUCUUAAAGUGAUUGACGUUCUACGGGCCUAAAUGUUAUACAUUUUAAUUGUCGAUAUAUAUUUUAAUAUGAACCUGUGUACAUAUCAGCUCUUCGGUUCAAAAUUUAGAACUAUGUAUAGUCUAUUCUCUAUCUGUGAUGUUAAAGAUUUGAAAGUUAAGGAAAUUGGAUUCUAAUAGAACGCGUACGCGAAAUCGUACUGCAAUGGAGAAAUUUUCAAUUGACACUUGUGGUAUGCAUUUAAAUGAUGCAAUUGGUUAUUAGGUAACCAAAUAAUUAGAUUAAGAAAAAAAUACAAAAAUAAAUAAAAAAUGUUAUGUGCGUGAGUGUUAUGGUACGCGGUUGUGUUAUUCACAGUUUUAAAAUAUGCACUUUUCUCUAAUUCAUUCGGAUACAGCUUCAUAACAGAUAUUUUUACUCUAAGCACCUCUCAUAUUUUUAGCAGAUUCUUAACUAAUUAAGUCCGAUUUAGCAGGCUCUAAUGAAAAUAGGUUGACUUGGUGAGAGGUGAUAACAAUUGAUGUGGGUACAUUGUUUACCAAUUGCGAAUUAUAUGAAACAUAAUAUACGAUUUAUAUAUUCAUAUAGUUAUCAUAUACUCAAACGUGCACGAUCUCAAUGUAUAUUGUAUUUCGUUGGAAAUAUUUGUAUAAUACAUAUGUAUAGUACAUGUAGUUAAGGGAAUAAAGGAUGCAUAUCCUUAACAUUUGGCUCUUCAUCAAAUCUCUGUCUGGAUAAGCAAAGGUCAUUAAAGUCCUUUUCAAGGGGAAUUUAAAGCUCUGAGUUUUUUGAUGUUUGUGUCUUUAGACAUGGUAAAAUUCAGAUAAGUGUGAACUAGUAGUGGUCAAAAUCUGAUAACCAAAAACAAACAGUUUACACUAAGGUUUAAAUUCAGAGUCGAGAUUUGGCGCAUAAUAGGACACCCGAAAUCCAUUAGUUUUUGAGGCUUUGAACCAGCAACAGUCUCGACUUUGAGUCUAAUCCUUGAAUUGUCUUAAAUCACAAUCCAUAAGAGUACCAAAUGUUAUUUGCAAUACGAACUGUGUAUAAUGCCCCAUUCAACGACUCGUUUAACUAACUCUAUUCAAAACUACAAAAAGUCUAUUUUACUUAAAUAACCACAAUACAUUAAAUAUAUCACCUUAAUGUUCAAAAUAUUAAUUCUGAGGGCUUGAAUGGGGCGAAAUUUGGUGCAAAUCGUUUAGGCAUUAAUCUUUAUAAUUUUCUAUUUUAUGUUGUGAUGUUCGUCUUCCACGCGUUUGAAAAAAAAAUAUCAUUUUAUAAAAUGAAUAUCUACUUUAUUUAAAUCUUUAUGUACAGUUCUUUAAGUGGCAAGUGGUCGAUUUGUUGCCAUGUAAUAUAAGUUUUUUAUUUAGUGGUGCUUAUCAUGCAACGUACAGAGCGACAUUUGGUUAAUUAAAAAGCUAAUUUUAGUUUUGAAUUAUUUUUAAGUUAGAUGUCGCUCCAAAUUUUGCUAAAGCUUUGCUGAUUACGAAAAAAUUUAUUUAGGAAUAUGAAUGUUACAUUAAUUCAAUUUUCUGAAAUAUUUUUUUACUAUCUUGCUUACUUUGUAGAUUUGGCUGUUAUUUUUAUAGUUUUAGAGAUAUAUAAAUAUGGACAUUUCACAGAAUCAGCUCAAAUCAUUAACGAUACUAGCUAAAUCAAUAUUUAUACAAUCUCACUGUAAAUAUUAGAUGAUAUUUUAACGUAGCCUUAAGUAUUCCUGGCUCUCAAAGUAAUUAGGGUUUUUAUUUAGAAUGCUAAUUUUAGAUGAGAUAUAUUAUUUAUACUCGAGAAAUUUUCGGCCAAUACAAAUGUUUAUAUGAAAAAAAUUGUAUUUUUAAAAUGAUCUCUUUCGAGCUAGAAUAAUUGCUUUAGGAGUCCGGAAGUGGAGAGAAUUUAUUAAAUAUAUAAUGUAAGAGAAUAUUUUCGCACUGUUAAAUCUUAUCUUUAUAGGUGUAUGUAAAAUGUGAACGUAACGACUUUACAGAGAUCCGAAUAUAAACGAGAUGCGGUUGAAUUGUCUAAAGAGAAAUAAAUAAAAACAUUCGUAAUCCAAAUAACUGCCAUGAAGGGUUUAUCAUACUUUUAAAGAAAUAGACCAAUGUAACAGCUAUUAAAAUCUACGUAAGACCAAUAAAAUAUCAAUGAAUUGUUGAAUUUGAACAAUCUCAAAAUAAGACAAUUCAACUGUUUGGUUCGAUCUAAAUUCGAAAAUAGACGAAGCAAAAUGAUUAAUAUAGUCAAUUUAUUGUUGGUGUAAAUGUGUGUAGCAGUUGUUACCAAACAGUCCUCUUCUCCAAACUGUGUGUGACUGUAGAAUGUGUGUAAUAAUAGAGCAGCAUCAUCAACAUUGUUUUAUUUCUGACCAUGUUAAUCUUUCCCGGUAAAAGAUGCAAUUUAUUAACCACAUAAUGUCUUUCUUUCGAGGGUAUUUAACAAUAGCUGACAUGAGUUAUUAUUUACAAUAGAUUUUAACUAUAUACUUAUCAGUAGAUAAUUCGAUUUUUCAUGACUAGAUUAAUUACAUAUUGUAUUUGCCUCUUAUAUUUCCAUAUUAUACACAUGUUUCAGAUGGGAAAUAAGAAUUUGGGAUUUUUCAGUCACUUAUUUUAUUAAAUAGCAACGUUUUCACUACAAUUGGCCUAAUUAUAUUAAGCUUAUGUUAAUGAUGUGGCAGUAUAAGAGGUAAUAAAGAAAGGAUUAUAAUAGAAUAAUUAUUAUACCAUAACAAAUAGGAAAAUUAAAUGUGAUUAUAUUUGUCAUAUCCACAAAUUACCCUAUUACAUUUUAUGUUUUACUUGCACUUUAGUGAUAUAUAAUUUCAUCUAGUUUAAAGGCCUUGUCAAAUCUUAGAAAUAAUGUCAAAUUCUUAUUACAAACAGGAACUUUUAACUUAAAUUGUUAACUUAUUUCAUUCUUAAAAUCUGGUACAUUAAAUCAAUUGCACAUUUUGACAAGGCCUCGAAAUUAGGAGUUUAUAUUGAUGUUUCAAUUUGCUUACACAGUCCACAUUUUGUUUGUCCGUUUCUAACUUUGUAUGUAUUUUGUGUUGUCAAUAACAAAUAUGAAAAUCUUGAUGCUGCAUAUUACUAGUGCCUUAUUGACUCUCAGAACUUAGAAUAGUGUACAAAACAGUUGCGCCAUAUACAAACCUAGGCUUUGUCAGUCAAUAUGGUUAAUAGGCAGUUUCUUUUUAGACUGAAUUUACUUUGUUGCAUAUAACGUUGUAAUGUUAUACUUUUAAGGGAUAGAUAUAUGUUUGAAAAAAAAAACAUUUUAAAUGGAAGCAUUUCAUAUUCGUUAUUUAUUUCUUCUAAAUAAGCUAUUAGCAUAAUUGUUUAGUCAGAAUGGUGUACUUUGUAAAUAACUUAUUUAGAACAGUUUAUUUUAGAUUUAAGAGUUUCAAUUUAAUGUAAAUUAGAUUGCAUUAGGUAAACCUUAAUUCAGAAACAUUGUAGUGGUGUUUUUUUAAAUUAAUCCAGUUUAUGGACCAAUAAUCUUUGUAAUGGAAGUGAAGACAUCAAAAACAAAUUUAUAGAAGAAACAGAUACUGGACAUACUGUUCAAGCAUAUUGGAUCAUUGUAUGAACUUAUGUUUAAACAUAAAAACUAAAAAAACA